AUGGCAAAUAUUGGUGCCGUUUUUUUGUCAAUCAAAGCACAAAAUGAACAUGGAAUUCCUGUCAAAGAUUACACUCGUUAUCGCAAAUAUUGCAGCAAGAAAUUACACCGUUUAUCUAAAUUAUUAGGAAUUCAGCAAAUUAAUAAAAAAUAUGCAGAAAAUGAAAUACCUUCUCUGAAAAGUAACCCAAAAUAUCAUGAUUUUUUAAUCAUCAACAGUGAAAGAGCCUGGGCAUAUGCAAUGGAACUUAAAACAAAAAAUAGAAAUCAUAAAAAGCCUACUAUAAAUCACCAAAGGGUUGUCCGUCGUUUAUUAAGGGCAUAUCAAUAUGCAUCUCGUUUAAAUGAACUGAUGAAUCAAGAAUUACCUAUAUUUCGAUUACAGGCACUUGAAUAUAUAUCAGCAAGGAGAGGGCAGCUAAUGUUUGAAUGUCACCAAUGGGAGCAAUCCCUUACAAAUUUUUUAGAAGCAAGAAUUAUACUAGAAGUAAUCUAUGAAAACAAUGGGUGCCAACAUAUAAAAGAAUUAAUAUCAUCUAUUGAACAAAAUAUUCGAUAUUGUGCAUAUCAACAAAAAAUACCCUCUAAUGAUAUUUUUGGUCUUUCUCAGAAAAAUAUCUUAAAUAAUCAAUCAUUAGCAUCUCUUUUAACAAGUAUUAGUCCCGAGAUACUAAAACCUAAAAAUAAACUUCAUUUAUCAAUAGUAUCUCAAAUAGAAUGGCAAGGGCGUGUUGCACCUAUAACAGAUGUAAACAUAGCUAUUGCAUUGUCAUCUAUUCAAGAUGCUUAUCAAUCAAUGAAUAGUGAAGAAACAAGUACUUUAAAAGAAAAGAACGAAAAAUAUGAUGAACUAUUACAGAUGUACUCGAAAACCGAAAAUAUAAUAAAAAAAGCAAUUGAAGAGUUUGAGCGUUCUGGGACUCAUGAUAAAACACAGAAUCUAUAUAUUUUAUAUACAUAUGUUGCAUACAACCAUAUUCUAGAACAAAUAAAAUAUAAUCUAUUAUUGAUUUUUGAAUUAAAUUCCAAUUCUUUAGAUAAGAAUCCUAAACAAUACAUUCUUUGUAAAAUAAUUAAAUUGUAUGACGAUAUUUUGCAGAAUCUUAAUGUCAUGUCAGACCUUCCAGGUAUUUCAAACGACAUGUGUUUUCUUCAAAGAAUUGAGCAAGAAAAAUAUUAUUUUAGGUCUCAGCGCUGUCUUAUAAUUGCAGAAUCAUAUUUCCUGCUUUCGGAUUAUAGAUCUGCUUUAACACUAGCAAUACACAGCUAUGAUUAUUUAUCAAAAAUUUCUAUUGCAAAUAAUAAAGAAAUAAUAUUUAUAAAUGAAACUAAAUUAAUAAAUUUAAGGAAAAAUAUAGAUAUAAAGAUAAACCAAUUUCGUGCAUUUUUAUGUUUAACUAUGGAAGAAAUUAGCAAUGAAAAAGAUACAUCCUUAAAGGCACCUACUUUAAUAGAAAUGAUGGAUAGUUAUUCUCAGAAACUUGAUUUAUCUAGACUUAUAGAUCUUCCCUCAAAACUGGAACUUUUAUUUUGUAAACCUAUUUUUUUCGAUAUAGCAUACAAUUAUAUAGAUUAUAAAGAAAAUAUAAAACAAUUAACUACUAGCAAACGAGGGUUCUUCAAAAACUUUUUAGGAAAAUAA